CCAUGCCCCCACUCCCACCCACCACUCGAUGAACGCUAUCUUCCAUAGGUUUGUGUACUAUUUUUCUCGUAUUAUUAGUGACAAAUAUGCUUCAAAAUGCCAUCAUGUGUUGCUGUGAACUGUACAAAUCGUCAAGCAAAAGGUUGUGGACGAACAUUUCACCUUGCAGAAAAACUGCCAGAAAGCCACCGAGGCAGAGAAACUUCACCCAGAAGACAUCAGAAGCCACAGAAGGAGUACCAACAGGCAAUCCAGAGACGCCAAGCCCAAAGUCAUCGCAUAUAUACAAAGACCAUAGCUACUCUACACUGCAAAGCCCCCGAACAGUAAAGCGAAGAUUAGACAUUUUAUAUGACCAUGUGAGUAAUCUAAAUAAGAAAGUAAAGACACUGCAACAGAAGUCACGCCGACUGAGUAAAAAAGUCACCAAUCUGCAGGAAGUCGUAAACACGCUAAGGAAUGAGAACCGAGUUUCAGCCAAUGCAGCAGAUAUGCUCUCUAAAACUUUUUCUGAUGUCCCAGCAGAUGUGAUGAAAAGAAUGGUGGCAAACAAGUCAAGCGGGAAACUGAAAAGAAAAACCGAUCCUUUUAUAGCGCAAAAGCAUAGAGAUACGUAAGGAAAUCCUUUGAUU